GGAGGUGGCAGUUUGUAGAACUGUCCACGUGGGGCUUGGAGCUGGGAGCCCGGGCUGGUACCGAGGCCAUUGCUUGUCUGGAGCUCGGGUAGCCGUGGGUCGAGGCAAGUUUGCUACUUCUGUGGGAGUGAACUGUGCAGAUGAAGAAUGGUUCAGUAGCUGAAAAUGAUUGAAGUUUUCAUACUUAAGAUUGAAGAUCCUGGAUGCUUCUGGGUUAUUAUAAAAGGAUGUGAUGCCUUUUUAGAUCAUGAAAUGGAAUACCAAAAGUUAAAUAUUGAAAUGAAUGCCUUCUACAAUAGUGAAUAUAAAGAUGUAGAAAAAAUAAAGCCGUUACUCUUGGAAGAAGGACAGGCUUGUGUGGUUUAUUGUCAGGAACUGAAGUGCUGGUGUAGGGCAGUUAUUAAGUCAAUCAUGUCCUCUGCAGACCAUUAUUUGGCAGAAUGCUUCCUGGUGGAUUUUGCCAAAUAUAUUCCUGUAAAAUCGAAGAACAUCCGAGUUGCAAUAGACGCUUUCAUGCGACUUCCUUAUAGAGCAAAAAAGUUUAGACUAUACUGCACAAAACCAGUCACAUUACAUAUUGACUUCUGUGAAGACAAUGCAGAAAUCAUACCUGCUAAGAAAUGGGAUAGUGCUGCUAUUCAGUACUUUCAGAAUAUUCUGAAAGCAGCUACACACUUUGAAGCAAAAUUAUGUGGUAUGGAAGAAGAUAUUUUUGAUGUUUACCUUUAUAUAACUAUAAAAAAUGAAAAGGUAUGUGUUAAUGAUGAUCUGGUUGCAAAGAACUUUGCUUGUUAUGUAACACCCAAGGAAAAAAAAAUUGAUUGCCCAGAGAAAGCUACACCAAAGAAUGUGGAAUCCCCUCCAGAUAAAAUCAAUCCUGCACUUGCUCUUUGGCCAAUGUUGUUGCAAGAAAAUAUUCCAGAAAAACUUGAAAAAGGUGUGAUUUUACAACAUAAUGGACUUUCAUUAGAUUUAUCCUCUAAAAAAGUGAGUGAGAAGAUAGAGAAGAUAUAUAAAGAAAAGGAGUGUAUGUAUUCAAAAGAAAUAAAUAAAAUUACUGUCGCAACUGCAGCAUAUUGUCCUAGAAAAGGAGGCAUAACUAUUUAUGCUGAGCCAGAUGUACAUGCAGAAAGUUCAUGUCAGAAGUUAAAUGAAAAACAAUUCAAAUUGACAUCAAAGAAGAAAUAUGAUGAAAAAAAUGGCUGUGUGAAGUUGCUGCAGUUUUUAAAUCCUGAUCCUUUGAAAACUGAUGGCAUCCAUGACAUACUGCAGAAAUUGAAGUCUAGCAUCCCGCAACCUUCUGUUGUUCUUCGAAAUAAAAUUAAACCCUGUUCAUUUGAAACUGCUCCGCUUUCAGUGGGUUUAAAAAAGACACUUAGAAAGAAUAAAUUUCUAGAACCCACUCACACUGAGUCUUAUUGCUGGCCACCAAUAGCUCGUGGAUGUGAUGUGAUUGUCAUAUCUCAUAAUGGAAAUGAUCCUCUCUUAUAUAUUCCACCAGUGCUUACAUUUUUGCAAACAGGGGGCUGCUACAAGUCAUUACCGAGUAGAAAUGGACCAUUAGUGGUAAUUGUAUGCCCUGGAUGGAAAAAAGCGCAGCACAUUUUUGAAUUAUUACAAGAGUAUGGUAGAGGUUCUAGGCCUCUUCAUCCCAUGUUGUUAAUAAUUGGACUUAACAAAGAAGAAGCUCAAAAUACGAAGUUUCAGAGGGGAUGUGAGGUGAUUAUAACAACACCCCAUAGUCUCUUGAGACUUCUGAAGUAUCAUAGUUUAUUAUUUCUUAGACUCUGUCACCUUAUUUUUGAUGAAGUUGAAGUAUUGUUCUUCGAAGCUGGUGAGCAAAUGCUUACUAUCUUAGACUAUUUCAAGAAAACUAUUAUCAUUGAAGAAAGAGAAUCUGCACCUCAUCAGAUUGUAGCUAUUGGAGCUCAUUGGAGCAAACAUAUAGAACUUUUAACCAAAGAAUUUAUGAAUGAUCCUUACAUUGUUAUAACAGCCAUGGAAGAAGCUGCUCUUUAUGGAAAUGUACAGCAGGUAGUGCAACUUUGCCUAGACUGUGAAAAAACCUCAACGUUACUUCGAAUGCUUGAUUUCAGUCCAUGUCAUGCUCAGAAGAUCUUGAUAUUCACGAGUUCUGUGGCUGAAGCAGAAAUAGUUUGUAAGGUAGUGGAAAGUAGUUCAAUAUUUUGCUUGAAAAUGCACCCAGAAAUUGCUGCUAAUUUAAAAAAUGUAUUAGAGCAAUGGAAAAAGAAGUUAAGUCUUGGCUCUCAUAUUGUAUUGGUUUCAACUGAUGAUUGCAUACCUCCUCUGGCUAUAACUGAUGCAACUUGUGUGAUUCAUUUUAGUUUUCCUGGUUCUCCAAAAAUUUUUGGAGCGCGUUUAUAUUGCAUGUCUGAUAAUUUCCAAAGUUCAGUUGAACAGGGUGCUUCUUCAGAGCAAGGAAAUAAAAAGGCAAAAUCUAUUUUGCUACUGACAGAAAGAAGUGCAUGCUGUGCAGUUGGCAUAUUGCGUUAUUUGGAACGAACAGAUGCUAAAAUUCCUCCAGAGUUGUGUGACUUCACUGCAGGUGUUUUGGAAGCUAAGGAAGAUAAAAAACUCAGAAGGCCUCUAUGUCAUUAUCUUAAGGUUUCUGGUUUUUGCAAAGAUAAAAGGAUAUGUCCAGAUCGACAUUAUAUUAACCCAGAAAUAGACAUGCCAAGGAAACUAUCUGACCGACCUCUGGCAACAACUGGAUAUGUUAAGAUAAUACCUUUCUAUAUUGUGAAUGCAACAAACUAUUUUGGGCGCAUACUUGAUAAACACAAGGAUCUGUAUGCAGCUCUUAAUAUGGAAAUGGAGGAGUAUUUUAAGGAAUCCAGUAAUAAAAUGUCUGUUGAAAAAGUCGAGAAGUUUGCCUUGUAUGGACUACAUGAAAAAGCAGUUUUUCACAGGGUUCAAGUUUUGGAAAUGAGCCAAAAAGAGGAAAAUUGUGUCUUUUUUAAUGUUCAUAUAAAAUUUAUAGAUGAAGGCAGGAUUAGCAAUACUAAAAAUCAUCAGCUGCUUCGUCUACCCCAGAGAUUCCAAAAUGUACCUCCUCAAGCUGUAGAAUUUAUUGUUUGUAGAGUGAAACCUAUUGACAAUGAAGUUGAAUGGAACCCAAAGGUUACUAGAUAUAUUCACCAUAAAAUUAUGGGAAAACUACAUGAGGCAAAAGUAGUACUGUCUUUGGGAAACACAGUUUGGGUUGAUCCAAUGGUCCAUCUCACCAAGCUUUCAGAUUUGAAAACUUCUGUAAUUGAAUAUAAUGUUCGAGCUGAAAUUUUAUCAAUGGGAAUGGGUACCGAUAAUCCAGAACAUAUAGAUCAACUUAAAAAACUAUGCCAAGAAAGUACAAUGGUAGCCCUUCAAGAGAGCACAUUCCAAACCACAAUACCUCCUUUAACACCCAACAAAAGUACAGAGGAGACAGCUGACCUGCAAAGCUCAAUAUCAGAUGAUGACAAAAUUUCAGAAAACAAUAUUUCCAAACAAGUGAAUACAGAAAAUCCAGAGUCUGAAGUGGUAUCAGAAAAUAGUGGAGAUAAUUACAUUAAAGAAACAAGACAGCAGCAGCAUAAAAGUUUCCACCCAGAAAUAAAAUGGUUUCAAAAAGAAGAUGUUGUAGUUGUGAGGAUAAGGCUAAGAAAUGUAAAAGAUCAGAAAUGUAAAUUUUUUAGAGAAAGGGUGGUUUUCAGCGCUUGGGUAGGAGAUAAAUUUUACUUGGCUGAUAUGGACCUACAUGCAAGUAUAUUAAAAGAGGAAUCCAAAUGUCUAAUUAAGAAUGAAGAACCUAUAGUCACUCUUGUAAAAGAGAAAAAAGAAUCUUGGCAUAAUUUGCUCAAGAAAAGGAAUCCUAAUGUGUCUUUCGAUUUUGAUCAUUGGGAGGAAUGUGAAGAUAUAAGCCCCUUUUCUAAUGUUGUGUGCUCUAGAAAGGUACUCAACAUUGGUGUGCAGAUAAAUGAAGAUAUAGAUGAUUCUUCUGAGGACAGUGAAACUGAGAGUGAAUAGCAUGCAAAUUAAAUUCUGGUUGGAAGACUUUUACAGAGCAGCGUCUAUCACUGCACCUGCAAGUUGAGAAGAUAUGCAUGGACACAUCUGAGGAAGAAAAAUCAUAUUGUCUAUAAAAGUAGUCAUUUAAUUUAUUAAUAAUAAGAAUUACUUAGUUGUUAGUUUAUAAAGAAACCAAAAUUAGGGAAUAACAAGAGACCAAAUUAAGGGAAUAGCAAGGGAAUAAUGGGAGGGGACAUUGGAUACUUAAGGAAUGGUGGUAGAUAUUGGUUACCUGGUGGAAAAGAUAUAUGCCCAGCUGAUAAUGUACCUUCUGUUUUACCCCUUCUCCUCUUCAAUAUCAUUUAGCUCUGACAAAGUUUAAAUUUGAUUAGCAGAUAGCAAGUUUUGAUCCCCCAGGUGGUAAAAUUAAGACUUUCAGCCUAUUAAUUUUACUUUAGAUCUGUGUUACAAAGCAAAAACUUGUAUGAUUCAUUGGCCUGCUUAAAUUAUUGAAAUUUAUAAUUCUGUUCUAAUGAAUAGGCUUUCACCUCAUAAAAUUAUACUUUAAACCGGUUUAUUAAUCCCAUUAUUUCCUUAUUAAUUAGGCCUUAGGGAUAUGAAUCAUCAUCUUCUUAUGGUUAUAGGGUGUAGAUGUUUGAAUCAGUUUGCAUUAAUAUGCAUAUAUGAAACAAUUUGAUAGUCUUAAAAUAAUUGGCUUAUUUUUCCGGUGGUAUACUUUAUGAACACUAAAUUCACUCUUUGUGAAGAAGAGGUGUAAUUAAUGACUUCGACAUCAUUAAUUUUAAAUUAAUCUCAAGUACACUGGUUAAAAUUGGAUUGACCUAAUCUUACAUCUUUAUGAUCUACAGACCGUUUUUAAAAGAAAUACCUAAAGAAAGUCCUAAAGUAAAGAUUUUUCUGAAUGCAAAAGUUACAGGUUCUGUCCAAAUAAUCCUUUGUGCCAUGCAGGUCCGUGAUCAGGUCUGUGUGGGGCUCCAUGAGUUUAUAUGUCACAGAGUAACCCCAAAUGGGGAAGCAAAGAAAGGUUGCUUUUUAAGCGAGAUUGCAAAGGCUGACAGAUUUUGGCACUCAGAAAGUUUAGAUUUCACAAGUCCUGGAAUGUCAGAAUAUUCUUAACCAAUUGGCAAUACUGAAGUCAUCAAGAUCAGGUAUUUGGUUGAGAGCACAUGUAGAACUCAUACUUAGUCUGUAUGUGUGUCAUAGACUUUCUUUUCAAGCUUUAUAAUUUCCAUUAAUUUGAAUUACCAAAUUUUCUUCCUUAAAGUUUUUUGUGUUCAUUAAUACAAUACACAUUUCUGUUUGAACAUAUAGGCAGAUUUAAAAUUUAUAAGGUAGAUGUGACUUAAUGAAUGGUGCAUUGCACUAGUGGUCUUAGAUGGUAUUUAGGCAUUCUCCUUUUUGUUUAGAAAAAAGAAAGAAAAAAGGUCCUUUCCUCAUGGAAGUUGGCAAUAGAAAAAUACAUAUAUAUAAAUAUAUAUGUAUGUUUGAUAAAAAUCAAAACUAUAUAUAUAGAAAUAUACAUAUAUGUUUGAUAAAAAUCAAAACUCUUCAACUGUUCUGUGAGAUGGAGUGAAAUUAAACUUUGCGUCUCAGUUUUCUCAUCUGUAAAAUGGGCUACUCAUGGAGAAAGAAUUUCGGGGGACAAUCACAGCACCAUUUUAAAGUAGUAUUUCUAAGAACAAAGUUAAGAUAUUUUUCCCAUGAUGAGAUCAAGUUAACCCUUUUUGCCAGAGCGGGUGGGGAUUUUCUGACUUUAUAUAGGUAGAUAUAGCUGUGUGUGUAUGUGUGUGUAUUUAUAGUAGCUCUUCCCUUUUGCCAUUUGUUAACUUUAAAGUUUAGUGAAUAGACUUUUGCUCCUACCAGUGAUGUUGCAUAUUGAGGGAUGGAGCUGCGGGUCAGGGAGGGAGGUACAUACAAUUCAAAGUGAAGUUAGAUUUUCUUUUUUGAUGGUUGAAUUUCAACUAAGUAAAAGGUAUCAAUAUCAUCAUGUACUACCUCCAGUGUUUCUCAGUACUUUUCUUACUUUAAUUUGUACUUAUACAACUUGCAUUCCCACAGAAUUAUAACCAACCCAUUACAAUAUAAGCCUUAUUCAUGAAUUCUCUUUUUGUGUGCUCAGAGGUAACCCAGUAGUCUAUAGGAUUUCAUUACUUUCUGUCAGUAGUUUAUCUCUUUUUCUUUGCCUUUUUUUUGUUCCUUUAUGAAACCUUUUUUGUAGCCAAUGAUAGAACUGCCUAAAGAUGUUUAAUCCUAAAAAAAUAAAAAGCAAAUAGCUAGCUUAAGUUGUGGUGGCCUUUUAUAAAAAUAAAUGUUAAGUUACUGUGAUUUUUUUUAUUCAAACAUUUUUAAAGCCACCAAUUGGUUAAUUAAGAUUUUUAAUUAUAUAAUUUUAAUUUAAAAGUAUGUAAUAUGCAAGUGCUAUUUUUGUAUUAGAACAUAUACUAUUGACAGAUUUAAGACUUGUAAAAUGUGAUGUUACAACUUUUUUAUAAUGGAAACAAGGCUUCUGUAUUUCAGGUUCCACGAUAAAUAUUUUCUUGGGGGAAAAAACUAAUCUCUUAAAUGGUUUAAUGUGAUGAAUAACAUGCAGAGUUUUGUCUUAUGGUUUCUUAUGUCAGUUGCCUGUGGUUUUAGUUACACAUUGUAAUGGGAAGUGGGAAUAUGUCAUCAAUAAAAUGUACUUGUUUUCAUACAAAAGUGGCGUCCAGUUUUUUUUUCUUCUUUUUACAGUCUUUUCAUUGAUUAAUGACAAAGUGUAGUAGCUAAAGAGUAGAUCUCGGAGUGAAAGAGUCUGUGCUCAAGUCACAUGUGAUUCUUACUGCCUGUGUCUCUGGGCAAAUCACUUAGCCUCAGUGCCCCAGGAAUCUGUUUCUGAUCUGCUAUGAUAGGAGGAGGUGGCUUUACUGGCAUAACCAUAUGAAGGGGAUAUAUGUGGGGUGGGAAAGGGAAGUAGGGGAGUGGAAUAAAAGUCAAAUUUUAUUCCUGGGAAUUUUCUCCUCCUUCUGUUUCAAAUGCUAAUGAAGGGCAUUUGGGUGCCCAUGAGAGCCACUGACUUGAGACUACAAGUCAGUAUAAAACAUCAAAUUGAUGUGAUCUGUAAGACUAGAAACCAAUGGCUUGCCAAUGAUAUUCACACAAACCGAGAUGCGAUCAGUUAUCCAGAUUAGUUAUUAUGUUAAACAUAGAUAUAUAAACAAUCCCUUAUUGGUUUGAUUCUCUUUGAAAUAAAAAAAAUUAUUUAAAGGAAGCAGAUAGUUCACAUACUGGCUGUACCACUUAAUACUGAAUCAAACUUUUUCUGGGCCUCAGUUCCUUCAUCUGUAAAAUGGGUUUGGAUUUGACCUUUAUAUCAUACUAGCUGAACUAUUUCAGAAUUACAAUUUCUGAAAUAUUUGUUCAAUUUCAAAUAUACUUUUCUGAAACAAAGUUUCAAAAAUAACUGAAUUCAAGAAUAGAAUCCUAUGUUCAACAAACAGGUGUUCAUGCAGAGCAAAAUGUUAGGUGUUAGAGAAAAUAAAAUUUAGUUAAAUAAGAUACAAAAAGCAUUUGACCAUUGAGUUUAAGGAACUUAUAUUAUUUUAAAUAAAUGCAUGGUUCUUUUUGUUAAAUAAGUCACCACCACAGCUGUGGCAUUUUAUUUACCACUCUCCUAAUUUUCAAUAGGGCAGAGUAGCUUCCUUAGCUUGCUAAUUUUAGCAAACUCCAAUUGCUUCUCCCAGCUAUAAAUUCCAGCCAAGAGAGAAUUGUGGAUCUCUUUAAAAAAAA